GCUUGUUAUAAACCCAUUUCCAAGAAGAAGAACCAACCUCAAAUUUUCAUUUUCUUUCAGGCAAAAAUCUGAAGAUCUAAUUGUUAGAUUGGUUGGAUGAUCCAAAGCUCCAACAUUGUCGGAACCAAAAAAACAGCAACAAAAUUCUGACUAUUCCCCAAAAGAAAAAGAAGAAGAAAUUUCCAUAACAUUCUUCUCUCAAAUGGCUAACCUGCUGGAACAAUCUUACUCUAAACACAAUAUGAAGAUGGCUAUGUUAAAUCAUGAACAAACUUUUCGUCAUCAAGUUUAUGAACUGCAUAGAUUAUAUAGAAUUCAGAAGGUUUUGAUGAAGAACAUAAGAGAAAAAAACAGAGGAAAAACGGAGGAGGAGGAAGAAGAAGAAGGUGAAGAAGAAGGUGAUUUUAUUGAAGAAAGUGAGAUUGAAUUAACAUUGGGGCCUUCAAAUUAUAAUAAUCAAAUCGGUGGAAGAACAAGAACAAGAACAAGAAGAAUGAAGAAAUUUGGUGAAGGAAAUUCAGAUUCUGGGAUGAGUUUUUCUGCUUCUUCUUCUUCAACAAAUGGAUCUGUUCAGAAAAUUAAACAGUUUUACAGAGAUAAUGGUGAAUUUGUUAAUGGAUCUCAAAUGGGUUUCUUGGGAUUUCUUGAUGUUCAAGAUGAUAUCAAGGUUUCUCAUCACCAUCCUAAUCCAUGGCUUUAUCAAACUGUAAGCCUUAAUCUCACUUGAUUUUUACUUUUUUUUUUCCUUAUGUUCUUCAUCGGGGUUUUCUUUUUUCUUUUUGUUUUUCACCUUAGUUUUAAUUCUCUUAUCAAUGGCUGAUUUAGAGUUUUCUCCAUGUACAAGUUUAUAACCAAGUUAAUAUAAUUAUCACUAGGUCUUUUCCCAUCA